AACUUCAACCGGUCUUUCCAAGAUUAUAAAGACGGAUUUGGGAAAUUCUUUACAGAAAUGUGGCUUGGAUUGGACAAGAUUCAUUACCUUACUAAAGACUUACCAUACGUUUUAUCAAGUUACGUCUUCGACAAAAAUAAUACCCGGUAUCGUUCAAGACAAGCAGGAUUUCGUAUCGGUAACGAGUCAACAGGUUAUAAAAUGACCUUCGAGUAUUCGGUUAAUAAUCGGGUAAACGAUACUCUAGGCGAUUGUUUAGAUGAACUCAAAGGACAACCGUUCUCAACUUACGACAAAGAUAAUGACAACGCAACUGGUAGAAAUUGUGCUGCGGAAUAUCAUGGCGGAUACUGGUUUAACGCCUGUUCGUCAUGUAAUCCAACAGGGGAA